GUUGACCUUCUAAAGUCCCUUCCAACCCAGACCAUUCUAUGGUUCUGUUCCUGAGCUCUGUGUGUCUCUGAAGCUAAAUAUGUCCAUGUGUAUUUAAAGGAACCUGAGGCAUCAGGUCAGCCCAGAUACUUUCAGGUGUCCUGAGUGAGGAAUCAUUGAGGUAGAACAACUAAAUGAGGCACAGCUGGGAAGAGCAGAAUGCAGAGGAAUGCACUGGCUGUGCCAGGAGCAGCAGCUGGUGCCCUGCACACAGGUGAGGAGGGAUAACCUGGGGCAGCCAGGGAAGAGCUCCAAGGCUCUGUCUGGAGAGGAGAAUGUUCUGUCUGAAGGCAGCAUGAAUGCUUUUGUGCCAGGGAGUUCACCCAAAAAAAAAGAAAAAUCCAGUUUAGAGAUGUGUGCUGAUGCUGCAUUGUGUUUCUUUUUCACCUGUCAGCCCCUCUGUGUAGUGCUGGGAAGCUGCAGUUUAGACUUCCAUAACUUUCCCUUUAUGUCUUAAAUGUCCCAUUUAAGGAAUCAGUGCUGAAAAGGUGCAGAUUCACACCUGACACCAGAGGGGAGAGAAUGAGGAAGCUGCAAGUUCUGUAGUUAAUCCAAUUCAGGUUUUAGGUGGAUCAGGACACAGAAUUAAUUAAAAGCCCCUGUUCCCCCCCAUUGCAGGCUGCAGGGGUUGUUGUACCCUCAGGUGGUACCCUCUGGAGGGUUAAAGGAGCCAGGGAACUGUAACAGACCAACUCUCUAUCCAAAGGCCCCGAGCACUUCUGACCUCAGGGCUCGGGGGAGACCUAACUGGAGACACAGGUGAGAGGCCAGAGCCGCAGCUUGGGUGGAACAGCUCUGCUGGGGAGCUGGGAGACUCCUGCGUUGUUGCCUUCCUGAAGCCUCAGGUCAUGGCUGGAAACAACCACAAUAAAGCAAAAGCUUGGGGGUGGGAAAUUUCCCCCACUUUUCCUGAAAACUGAGGGUUUGCUCUGUCCCUCUGGUUCCUGAGGAAGGUUUGCUGACUUCUGUGUGCAGACAGGUUCUGGUCUCACCCGUGGCCUGUGAUCACAAGCCUGAUGACAGAGCAUGUGCUGGGUCAGUGCUUUCCAAAAAAGCCUCUGCAAUCAGUGUGUUUGUUUUACUGGUUUUGUGUGUGAGGAAACUGCACAGAAAUCUGUGUCAGCCUCUUCCUGACAGGCUGUGGGAGGAAGGAAGGGUUGGCAGGCAGAAGGAAUAUUUGUCACAUGGAGAGAAAGUAAUCAAAGGGGAAAACAUGCUCCUGGAGGAGGGUGCCUGGCUAUAGGUAGCCUCCUGAAAUACAGCUUGUAACCCUUCCUCCUUCACUGAAUUCUUCUCUGGCUUGGAGAACUGAAGAAUGGUGUUUUUUAGAAGGCCAGAGGCUCCUUGUGGAGUGGCAGUCACACCUUCUAACUGCUGACUGUGCUUAGUGUCAGUUAAACCCUUGGAGUGGGUGUCUGUGUGGCUGGGGGUGUUGGUGGAUCCUGCUUUUGGUGGACCUCAGCUUGGCUGCCGGGCCAGGGAUGGGCUGUGGGUGCUGCACUGUGUCAGAGCUGGUGGUGAUGCUGACACAGGUGCCAGUGCAGUCCAAGCCCCACUGGUGAGAGCCGUUCACCUGUUGAUCCAAACCCUUUUGGCCACUGGGUUUCCUUUACAAGAAAAUGCUCUGAACGUGACCUGGACGGCGCCCGCUGGAACUAAAUCUGCCCAAAGCAAAUCCUCCUUCAGCCGGGGCCUGUUGGUGUGAGCAGGGGACCUGUGCAAGGCAUGGGCUCGGAGAACAGUGCUUUGAAGAGCUACAGCCUGGAGGAGCCGCCGUUCACGCUGCCCACCGGGCACGCCAUCUACCCGGCCGUGCUCCAGGAUGGCAAACUGGCCUCCGUGUUCGUGUACAAGCGAGACAGCGAGGAGAAGGUCAACAAAGCUGCCAAGCACCUGAAAACCUUGCGCCACCCUUGCCUUCUGCGCUUCCUCUCCUGCACCGUGGAAGCGAAUGGGAUCCACCUGGUUACGGAGCGGGUGAAGCCCUUGGAGAUGGUUCUGGAGACACUCUCUGCUGCAGAAAUCUGUGCAGGCAUCUACGAUGUGUUGCUGGCACUCAUCUUCCUCCAUGACAGGGGAAACCUAACGCAUAACAACGUCUGUUUGUCAUCUGUGUUUGUGAGUGAGGAUGGGCACUGGAAGCUGGGAGGAAUGGAAACAGUCUGUAACUUCAGUGAAGCCACCCCAGAGUUCCUGUGUCACGUGAGGUCGGUGCGAGACCAGUCGUGCAUCCCCUGCGAGGAGAUGUCUGCAGACUUCAAAAUCCUGCCCAGCAGCUACGGGCAUGCGAGGGAUGCCUACGCAUUUGGGACAACAGUUGAGAAUCUCCUGACAGUUCUCAAUGAUCAGGUUUCAGCAGAUAUUCUCUCCAGCUUUCAGCAAACCUUGCACUGCACACUGCUGAAUCCAGACCCAAAGUGUCGCCCACCACUGUCCAGCCUACUGUCUCACGAGUUCUUCAGGAAUGAUUUUCUGGAAGUUGUGAAUUUUCUGAAGACCUUAACACUAAAGUCUGAGGAGGAGAAAACUGAAUUUUUCAAAUUCCUGCUGGACAGGGUGGCUGGCUUGUCAGAGGAGCUGAUAGCAUCACGGCUGGUGCCUCUCCUACUCAAUCAGCUUGUGUUUGCAGAACCUGUAGCUGUCAAGAGUUUUCUUCCUCACCUGCUGGGCCCAAAGAAAGAGCAAAGUGGGGAGAGCCAGACCAGCUGCCUGCUGUCGCCAGCCCUGUUCCAGGCCCACGUGAUCCCUGUGCUGCUGAAGCUGUUUGAGGUGCAUGAGGAGCACGUGAGGAUGGUGCUGCUGUCCCACAUCCACGCCUACGCUGAGCUGUUCUCUCGGGACGAGCUGAAGAACAUCAUAUUGCCACAGGUGUUGCUGGGCCUGAGGGACACCAGUGACUCCAUCGUGGCCAUAACCCUGCACAGCCUUGCUGUCCUCGUCUCCCUGCUUGGACCUGAAGUAGUUGUAGGUGGAGAAAGAACAAAGAUCUUCAAAAGCUCUGCACCAAGUUUCAUGAAAACUGCUGAUCUCUCCCCAGAAGGUUCCCCCAGUCACGGCAUGAGCAAUCAGAGAAACCAAACCUCUUGGCCCCUGAAGAGCAGUCCCAGCUCGUUCCCCAGCUCUGCAAAUGCACCUGGCAAAAAGCUUCCCAUGCAACAGGACAAUCCCCUGGCUUCAAAGACAGGUGAGCAAGGCACUCAGCCCCCCCCAAAUGGAAUUCCUGGAAGCAUUAAUACACUGGGGAACAGCAGGAGCUCUUUGACUACCUCGGAAAAGCCAGCAGAGGAGUGGCCAGACUGGAGCGAGCCAGAGGAGACAGACACUGAGAAAACUGUGAACAUUCAAAUUCAGCCCCGGGAGCUGCGGGGCAGCGCAGGACCUUAUUUUGCUGAUCAUGAUAUAGAUGAGAAGCCUUGGGAUGACUUUGAACCCAGGAGCCCCAGAAGUAAACUGUCCUCAGGAAACUGCCCCACUGUGACACAGGCUGAUGCAGCUGAAAGGCCUCUGCCAGGUACCCAUCAACUGAGCAAAGAAUUCAAAGGCCUCAGACUGAGUCCCCCCACAAAGUCUUGCCAUGGGAACAGCUGGAGCAAUGACAAGUGGGACCACGAGGAACAACUGGGAGAAACUGUGUGGCCAAAAACCUUUCAGGAAAGGCUGAAGUCUUCAUCAGAGUCUGGCCUGGGAGAAGAAUUCACGAUCAAAGUGAAGAGGAAACCUGUGCAAGACCCAGAGCUGGACUGGUUUGCUGACAUGAUCCCAGACAUUAAACCUUCUUCUGCCCUCUUGAUUUUACCUGAGGCAAGGACAGAAGCAGUUGUUCCCACUCACUCGGGUGGGGUGUCCAGCAGAGAAGGUGCCUCCCAGACUCUGCUGUUUUCAUCCAAAUUUGCAGCAGCUGAUGUGAUUGAGGCUGAAGCUACAGGCUGGGGUGAAGAAGAGGAGUUGAACUGGGAAGAUGAUACAAACUGGUAACAGUUCUGAACAAGACCAAGGUGAUUUAUGGUGUGUUGGAUCCUGUGACAGGAGUUGCUGCUUCCCCAGAGUACAAUGGAUAAAGUACCUCAGCGCUGCUUUUGCCACAAGGCAGGCACUUGCUGCACAGCCACAAGAUCCUGUGGGGCCCUGAGCUCUUGCCAGGGAUGCUCCUUCCCAGUCUGUGCCAAAAGCUGCAGGGGUGAGCCUGUACUCCAGCAAUAUGCCCAGCUGUGGUGCUGCCACUGCUCCCGGAGAGAGGACAGCGUGAUGGUGCUGAUGUGCUACUGGAGGCCAAGAGUGGUGUAGGAGAUUGAUCCAGAACUCACCCCUUCCCUGAAAAACUGCUGACAAUAAAUGAAAGUCACACUGAGUUUCUUGGUUAAUGUGCCUUUUUCCUUUGGUUUUCUUGUUUGAUUUUUUUUCCUUUCCCAGAAAAAUAAAGCCCUUAGGAAUGGCUCCUUUUAACUUUUCAGCUAAGAGAUGAUUUUACGAUGAAUGUACAGUUUAUUCAACUUAUUUAUUUCUGUUUGUAUAGUUGUCAGUGGAUGGCACAAGAGGUGCUAGGAACCAUACAGUGAACGACCACAAACUGCUUAAGCACCAUGUUCUUUCUGACCAAUAAAGAUUAUUUUUAAAGGAUUA